CCUAUAUACAUCUAGCUGCACGUGAAGGCUACCAUCUAUUGUGUAAAAUGACCGUUUUGCCCCUCUUUCAUUUUGUUUAUCUCGUAUUCACCCUUGCCUUUAUGUCAAACAUUGAUGGGGAUGUCAGCAGACCUACUCUCCCACAGGGUGUAGUAGCUACGGCUGUGCAGCUACAUCAAACGGUGAAGAUGAAGAUGACCCUUCGUUCAAGGUUGGAUCAUAGUAGCAGCUCUGAUCUGAAGAGAAAGAGGAACCAAGAGACGACGAUACUCCGCCAAGGCAAACGGAAAAGCAGUCCCUCCUCCGACGAUCCCCCCAACUGCAGUCGCAUGGCUUCAACUCGAUCCGGCUCUCGUACCCCUUCCGGGAAAGGGAAGGGCCCAAAACCUUAUCACAAAGCCAAUUGGGACUGGGAGAACACACGUAUCUACUUGGAACUUGUUGUCAAGGAAAUAGAUGCAGGUAACAGGCCGCACAUGUCAAUAAAUCCGAAUGGGUACCGGUCCUUGGCAAAGACUUUUGAGGCAGCGACUGGGUUGACACAUAGCAUGAAACAACUGAAAAAUAAGUACAACCAACUAAAGGCAGAGUGACGUGCAUGGUCAAAACUAAUG